AUGACCCAUAUUCCAUGCAUUCGUGCAGGCAUCGAGGCCGAUGACCGAUGUCAGAUGUCAGACAUUAUAGUUCAGGGUCAAUCUGUACGAGUUGGCAUUAUUUUGACCCCACAACAGGUUCACUUUCUCUCCCUUCUCUUCACUCCAUCAGCAGCCGAUAUCAUGUGGACUGAAUCGAUUCCGGCCUUUGCCGUGAUCAUUGGUGGCAUGGCCUCCUCUGGUCUGAUCAUUGGUGGCAUUCAGAGCCUGUUCCACAGUGGCCAUACCCGCAAGCAUGGUUUGGACAGCUUUAGCCGUGCCAUGAUGCAGCGCGAUGAAGCCAUCACUGGCAAGCAGUAUGCACAGAACGCGGACCUGGACUUUGUGCCCUCGGCAUAAACCGCUGCAGCAUGUGCGCAACCUCCUCGAGGACACACCAAAGUUGUUUCUGUUUUAGCCCGGACCGGUCGAGUUUGUGUGUGAGCCGCACACCAUGUCAAGUCUUGCUAUUGGGGCUUCCGAUGGAUAUUGGUCUGUCAUGGUUGGGUGCAGGAACAUGCACCCUUGACUGCUGCUUUUGGUGUGGGUAUCAGCCUCGCUUGUUCUUGUGUGUGUAUAUGUUUUUUUUUCUUCUUCAGAAUAUGACUGGUUGUUAGUUUCGAACCGGCCGAUUCAACUUUUGCCGGGAGAGUCGCCUCUUUUUGAGCACUCUCUGCGGCCUUUUCUUCGUACUCACUAAGGAGAAACAAGAGUCACCCUUUUUUUUUUGUCUCUUGUUUUGUCGGGCAAUGUGCUCUUGCUUGUCAAGCUCGUGCCAGCGUUGUUACUCGCCGCCCCGUGUUUUACUUGUAUCCAGACUUGGUGGGAAGAGUGGUGCGGACAAUCGUCUCCCAGCCUUGCUGCAUUGACGUGCAACCUCUCUAUUUUUUUUUUUCGCCUGGUGGCGUCCUGGACUCGCGUCAGAGCCGCGAUGAUCCAGCCCACAAGUGCCGCCUUGUGUCCAGUGCUGUGCCGCGGUCGGCUUUUAUUGGACCGGCGUGCUCAGCGUUGCUCAAUCCAUCAACACUAUGCCC